AUGCUGGACCUGACAACAGCAGAAGUGCUCAUCUUCGACCCGAUGAACUCGAGCUACCGGGUGGAAGUCCGACGGCUUGCAGAGGAGUUAAUGAUAAUGCUGCCUGAUUUUGCUCCGAGGAAGUAUCGGAUACGACCGUAUCGCAGUGAGUUUGGAGCGCAAGUGGAUAGUUACAAUUGUGGCAUGUACAUGCUGUUAGGCUUUGAGGUCUUUGCUGGCGCUGAAAGCCUUAGACUGCUAAGUAGAAAAGAGCUGCAGUAUCUACGCUACCGGUACCUGUGUACUUAA